AUGCUUCUCAGGUGGCCGAACCAAAGACUUCGAAUCCAAUUAAUCCUCAUCGUACCAUAUGCAAUCAAAACCAAAUCCGUUCAAGGGCUUAUCCGAAGGUCAGGAGCCAUAGAAGAUUCGCCCACAGAUGGAUACGCUCCUACCUUUGUUACUUGUCCCGCUAACUUUACUGUAAGACAACCAUCAGGAAAAACUUUUGUUGGUGAAAAAGAAUCAGCAUACGUGAAUGAAAAAGCAUCAAGAUCUAACCCAGCAUGGCGAUCAUACCUAACAAGAGCCCAACUUGAUGAUUUCGACAUAGAAUCAUUCCUACCAUCUAACCCAAUUCCAGGAGAAACAUUACCAAAUAUCGGAUUAGCUAUCAGUGGUGGUGGAAUCAGAGCUUUACUUGGUUGUGCUGGCGUUUUGAAUGCGUUUGAUGAUAGGAAUGAACAAGCUAAUCUUGCUGGUACAGGUGGUGUUUUACAAUUAUCUAAUUAUAUCACUGGAUUAUCUGGAGGUUCAUGGUUAAUAGGCUCAUGGGCCACGAGUGAUUUUCCAACGUUCACAUCUUUAAAUGAAUCAAUUUGGAAUCUAACAGAAAAGAAUAGUUACGCAAGUUGGAAUUCAAUUAAACGUUAUCCGAAAGCUAUCAAACAAGCUGAACUGAAACACAAAGCUGGAUUUCCUUCAAGCUUAGCAGAUGUUCAAGCUUAUAUCCUCUCUCACCAUCUCAUUAACGAUACACAUCACGGCACAAAAGUUUUAUUUUCAUCAAUUCGAAAUACUACUGGAUACAAAAAUUACACGGCUCCAUUCCCAAUCUUACUCUCUACAUCAAGACACCAAGGAAAAUCAACUAUUGAUCUCAACACUACAAUCUACGAAUUUAGUCCAGAAGAAUUUGGUGUAAAUCAUCCAUCAUUAAAUGCAUAUAUUCCAAUAGAUUAUUUAGGGUCUCAUCUGAACUCUGGUAAACCUAUUUCAAACGAUUCUUGCGCUCUUGGAUUCGAUAAUGCUGGAUGGGUAAUUAGUGCAAGUAGUAAUGUUUUAAGUCAACCUGGUGUUUCUGGAUCUUUCUCAUGGCAAACGAUAGAAACUGAAGCGUAUAAUACUAUGACACGAAAUAUUUAUGAUGAAGCAAUUGUACCUAACCCAUUCUACAAACUCCAAGAAGAAAAUAGCACCUUUAUGUACGAAGAUCAGAAUCAAAAAGACUUGUAUCUUGCUGAUGGUGGAUGGGGAGGAGAGGUUGUACCAUUUUGGCCACUCUUACAACCUGAUCGAAAGCUUGAUGCAAUCAUUGCAAUAGAUUAUGUUGCUGAUGGCCCUAGUAUGUAUCAUGGAGCUUGUGAGUAA